GUCAGACUCAGGAAAGAGUUAAUGCGGGGAGGGGGAGGGGACAGGACGGAGAGACCGGAGGGGAGGCUCAGUUUCAUUUCCGCGGACCCUCCUGCCUGGGCCGCAGCCGCCGCCGCGAUGCCCAGCAAGUUCAGCUGCCGGCAGCUCCGGGAGACGGGCCAGCGCUUCGAGAGUUUCCUGGUCGAGCGGGGACUGGACAUGGAGACUGAUCGCGAGCGGCUGCGGACCGUUUACAACUGGGAUUUCAAGAUCAGAAAUCUGGGUGACUAGAUGUAGAAUACAAGAAUUGGGAACCUUUUUCCACAAUCUUGCCGCCAGCAAAUCCAUCCUCCAAUCCUGAUGCCAGAGUGAUCUGAAAUGCAAAUAUGAUCUUGCCACUCCCCUGCUUAAAACCCACCAACCGAGGGGGUUCUGUAACCAGUGUAGCCUCUGCCUCUGCCGUGGGCUGAAACUUCGGGACCCCUGCCCCUGGCUUCUCAUCCAUGCUGUAUGGAAUGAAGAUCGCAAAUCUGGCCUACGUCACCAAGACUCGGGUCAGGUUCUUCAGACUCGACCGCUGGGCCAACGUGUGGUUCCCAGAAAAGAGGAGAGUGAGGCUGGGGUCAGACGUCAGCAAACACCGCAAGUCACUACUGGCCAAGAUCUUCUACGACAGGGCUGAGUAUCUUCACGGGAAACAUGGGGUGGACGUGGAGGUCCAGGGGCCCCAUGAAGCCCGAGAUGGGCAGCUCCUUAUCCGCCUGGAUUUGAACCGCAAGGAGGUGCUGACCUUGAGGCUUCGGAAUGGAGGGACCCAGCCCGUCACCCUCACUCACCUUUUCCCGCUCUGCCGGACCCCCCAGUUCUCCUUCUACGAUGGGGACCAGGAGCUGCCCUGCCCCCUGGGCCCCGGCGACUGCUAUGAGCUGCACGUCCACUGCAAGACCAGCUUCGUGGGCUACUUCCCGGCCACGGUGCUCUGGGAGCUGCUGGGCCCCGGGGAGCCGGGUUCAGAAGGAGCUGGCACUUUCUACAUCGCCCGCUUCUUGGCUGCCGUGGCCCACAGCCCCCUGGCCGCACAGCUGAAGCCCACGACUCCCUUCAAGCGGACCCGGAUCACUGGAAACCCUGUGGUGACCAGCCGGAUAGAGGAAGGAGAGAGACCUGACCGUGCUAAGGGCUAUGACCUGGAGCUGAGUAUGGCGCUGGGGACUUACUACCCACCCCCUCGUCUCCGGCAGCUGCUUCCAAUCCUUCUUCAGGACACAAGUAUCUUCACUGCCCCAAAGGAGAUUGCUGAGAUCAAGGCCCAGCUGGAGACAGCCCUGCAGUGGAGAAGCUACGAAGUGAAGUUCCGGCUGCUGCUGCACCUGGAGGAGCUGCAGAUGGAGCAUGACAUCCGGCACUAUGACCUGGAGUCAGUGCCCAUGACCUGGGACCCCGUAGACCAGAACCCCAGGCUGCUCACACUGGAGGUUCCCGGGGUGACCGAGAGCCGCCCCUCAGUGCUACGGGGUGACCACCUGUUCGCACUUCUGUCCUCUGAGACACAUCAGGAGGACCCUGUCACCUACAAGGGCUUUGUACACAAGGUGGAAUUGGACCGUGUCAAGCUGAGCUUUUCCACGAGCCUCCUGAGCCGCUUUGUGGAUGGGCUGACCUUCAAGGUGAACUUCACCUUCAACCGCCAGCCCCUGCGUGUGCAGCACCGCGCCCUGGAGCUCACAGGCCGCUGGCCGCUGUGGCCCAUGCUCUUUCCCGUGGCCUCCCGUGGGGUCCCGCUGCUGCCCUCGGAUGUGAAGCUCAAGCUGUACGACCGCAGUCUGGAGUCGAACCCCGAGCAGCUGCAAGCCAUGAAGUACAUCAUUAUGGGCACUACCCGCCCAGCCCCCUACAUCAUCUUUGGGCCUCCAGGCACUGGCAAGACUGUCACCCUAGUGGAAGCCAUUAAGCAGGUCUGGGAGAUAAAUGCCACCCUGUGCAACAGGAGUCACAACCAAGUCUGCCCCGUACCCCUCCCUCUGGAACCAGAGAAGCCACUUCCCACACUACUUAUCACCCCCCAGGUGGUAAAGCACUUGCCCAAAGCCCACAUCUUGGCCUGCGCUCCAUCCAACUCAGGAGCUGACCUUCUCUGUCAGCGGCUCCGGGUCCACCUGCCCAGCUCCAUCUACCGCCUCCUGGCCCCUAGCAGGGACAUUCGCAUGGUGCCCGAAGACAUAAAGCCCUGCUGUAACUGGGAUGCAAAGAAAGGGGAUUAUGUGUUUCCCGCCAAGAAGAAGCUGCAGGAAUAUCGUGUCUUAAUUACCACCCUCAUCACGGCCAGCAGAUUGGUCUCUGCUCAAUUCCCCAUCGAUCACUUCACACACAUCUUCAUCGAUGAGGCUGGCCACUCCAUGGAGCCCGAGAGUCUGGUGGCCAUAGCAGGGCUGAUGGAAGUCAAGGAGACAGACAAUCCAGGAGGGCAGCUGGUGCUGGCAGGAGACCCUAGGCAGCUGGGGCCUGUGCUGCGCUCCCCACUGACCCAGAAGCAUGGCCUGGGGUACUCACUGCUGGAGCGGCUGCUGACCUACAAUGCCCUGUACAAGAAGGGCUCCAAUGGCUAUAACCCCCAGUUCAUAACCAAGCUGCUACGCAAUUACAGGUCCCACCCCACCAUACUGGAUAUCCCUAACCAACUCUAUUACGAAGGGGAGCUGCAGGCCUGUGCCGACGUAGUGGACCGAGAGCGCUUCUGCCACUGGGAGGGUCUGCCGCGACAGGGCUUUCCCAUCAUCUUUCACGGCGUCAUGGGCAAGGACGAGCGUGAGGGCAAUAGCCCAUCAUUCUUCAACCCCGAAGAGGCUGCCACUGUGACCUCCUACCUGAAGCUGCUCCUGGCCCCCUCCUCCAAGAAGGGCAAAGCCCGCCUGAGCCCCCGAAGUGUGGGCGUCAUCUCUCCCUAUCGGAAGCAGGUGGAAAAAAUCCGUCAUUGCAUCACCAAACUUGACAAGGAGCUUCGAGGACUGGAUGACAUCAAAGACUUGAAGGUGGGCUCCGUGGAAGAGUUCCAAGGCCAGGAACGCAGCGUCAUUCUCAUCUCCACCGUGCGGAGCAGUCAGAGCUUUGUGCAGCUGGACCUGGACUUUAACCUGGGUUUCCUCAAGAACCCCAAGAGGUUCAACGUGGCAGUGACCCGCGCCAAGGCCUUGCUCAUCGUGGUGGGCAACCCACUCCUCCUGGGCCACGACCCCGACUGGAAAGUAUUCCUGGAGUUCUGUAAAGAAAACGGGGGCUACACCGGCUGCCCCUUCCCGGCCAAACUGGACCUCCAGCAAGGACAGAACCUCCUGCAGGGUCUGAGCAAGCUCCGGCCCUCUACCUCAGGAGCGGGAGGAAGAAGAUGGCCUGUCCCUGCAAGUAGAGCCCGAGUGGAGGAACGAGCUCUGAAGACACAGCAGACCGCUUUCUCACACCAGCCAAGCCUUAACCACCCGCACACCCCUGCCCCAGAGCCCUGCCUGAACCCAAGCCCAGCGGCACUGCCCCUCCAAAGGACCGGAAGGCUGGGGGAGGGAGUUUACAACCCAAGCCAUUCCACCCCCUCCCCCCUGCUGGGGAGAAUGACACACCAAGCUGCUAACAAUUGGGGGAAGAGGGAGGAAGAAAAACUGAAAACAAAAUCUUGUUCUAUGCAAAAGCCUCCUUGUCUCCUCUGCCUGGCCCCCUCUGGCCUUGUGGCCUUCCUGAGCUCCCAGAUGGACCCCAGCCGGGAGGGUGGCACUGUCCCACUCUGCCUCUGGCCAUACCCCUCCUAGCCAGAGAGGAUCCCC